AUGACAAAUGGAAAUAUUCCUUUAGCUUAUUGUAAUAAAGACAAUGCUAAAAUUUUACUUGAUUAUAUACCUAAUCUCGAAUAUAAUAAUACAUAUGAGAAACAUUCAACACAAUUUCAAAAAAUAUUACGCGAACUCUUUUACCAUGCACUUGCGACUAUAUUGAGACCAUUGAGAAUCUUAAGUAAUACAGGAAUCUAUUUGUAUGUUAAUGGUAACCUUAUGUGGUUCUAUCCAUAUUUAGCAUUUAUAAUUGCAGAUUGGCUUGAAGCAUACAUGAUGUGUGGCGUUUAUGGUUCAUCAAAUUCUUUACAUCUAUGUCAUUUCUGCUUGGUGAAAUGUAAUAUGAUGAAUGAUGUUCAUAUCGCAAAAGAAGAUAUUCAUAUUCAUAAUAAAAAUGAUACUAAAAAUGCUUUACGUUAUGAUAAAGAUAAAGAAAUUUUAGUGUAUAAUAUAAGGAAUGCUCUGUGA